AUGUGGACCGAAAGGUUAAAGUGGAGGUAUUUGUUGUGCAUGCUGUUCGCCGUGUCGGCGCUCGCGCAGGUUGCGAGAGCCGAUGACGACGUACCUUUAGAAUCACAAUGCCGUCCGUACAUCGAAAAAGCUCUCAAAGAGUUAGAAUCAGGAGAUACAGAACCAGAUACUGCGGAAAAUAUAGAAUCUAGUGAAGUUAGUAUAGAUAAUGAAACAAAAGAAGACAUUUCUACUGAAGAUGGAGCACCUUUAGCUGACAAUGAAGACAGUAAAGAAGAAGUCAGUAGUAAAGAAGAACAAAUGAAAGACGCACCAUCAGUAGAAAUAGCUGAUGAGCCGUACGUGUCUCAAGUCUCCUACGAAGACGAACAAGAAAGUCAAACCGACAACGAAUCGAAAGAAGAUGCUUUAGUAGAUGAAAAUCAAACUGCUGAAGAAAGUGCAGAACAACAAGAAGGUGACGAUGGAGACAGCAAAGAAACAGCAUCUGCUGAAGAAAAAGAUGAAGAAAGGGAAAGUGGUGAGGAAGUAGAAGCAGCAGAUAGUAAAGAAGAAAGUAAUGAAGAAACUCCAGAAGACGCACUUGAAGAUGAUGCAAGUAAAGAGGACACAAAAGAAAGUAAAGAAGAAGAGGCGGCUGAAAGCGUUGAACAAACUGGAGCAGAAGGCCAAGAAGAUCUAAGUGAAGAAGUCGCAAAAGCAUCAGAGGAAGAUGAAACGAAAGACGAAUCUACUGAAGCAUCACAAGAAGAGUCACCAGAGGAGGCAGAAGCCGUAGAAGGGGGAGAUAGCAAAGAAGAAGAUAAAACGGAGGAGAAUACGGAAGAGGAAGAUGGAUCUCAAGAAAAGGCUGAAACAGGUGAGACUGCAGAAGACAGCAAAGAAGAAGGCGUAGAAUCUCGAGAAGAAACUGAGGACAAAUCUAAGGAAGAUGAAGUAGAACAAGAUCAAUCGGAAGUGCAAAAAGGAGAGUCUGCUGAAAAGGAGACAUCUGCUGAAGAACAAUCAGCAGACGAAGAAUCGGUAGAACAAGCAGAUCAAACAGAGACCGGUGAAGAAGGUGCAAGUGAAGAGGAUAGUGAAAAAUCUGAUGAAGCUGGUUCAGAGGAAGCUGAAGGUGCACCGGAGGAAGAAUUGUUAAUGACGGGUGAAAUUCCUGAAAACUUAAGGAGCCGUGAUCAUAUAGUACAAAUAUUGAGACUGGACGGAGAAGCAAGUGAAUCGGAACUCAUAAUCGAGAAAUCCGCUGACAUCGUUCUUCGGGACUUAAAACGACUCUACGAGAAUUCUAUCAAGCCAUUGGAAGGUCUUUACAAGUACCGAGAUUUGAGCAAUCGGCACUUCGGUGAUCCGGAAAUAUUCUCAAAGCCCUUAGUGUUAUUCAUGGGGCCAUGGAGUGGUGGAAAAUCAAGUAUUCUGAACUAUUUGACUGGACUGGAGUUUACUGAGUGGUCGCUAAGAACUGGAGCUGAACCAUCUCCAGCCUACUUUAACAUCCUCAUGUACGGUAAAGAUCCUGAAGUACUAGACGGAACGCAGCUGGCUGCUGAUUGGACAUUCUCCGGCCUGCAAAAGUUUGGUCAAGGCUUGGAAGAGCGUUUACGAGGCUUACGGUACCCUAGCAAGUUAUUGGAGAAGGUGAACAUCGUAGAAAUUCCUGGAAUUCUUGAAGUGAGGAAGCAGGUAUCCCGAGUGUUCCCUUUCAACGAUGCCUGCCAAUGGUUUAUCGAUCGUGCUGAUAUUAUAUUCCUCGUCUACGAUCCUUCUAAGCUUGAUGUCGGUCCAGAAACUGAAGCUAUCCUUGAUCAAUUAAAGGGCAGAGAAUCGCAGACUCGCAUCCUACUAAACAAAGCCGACAGCGUGAAGCCAGAAGAACUGAUGCGGGUACAGAGUGCAUUAAUCUGGAACAUAUCACCUUUGAUGAGCUCGCCCCAGCCACCUGUGAUGUACACCGUUUCUCUGUGGUCUAUGCCCUUCGAGCCCUCCGCGCCAGUUCGUCUGCUGCAGGCCCAAGAACGGGAGCUCUUGCGCGAUCUGCGACAGGCCGUAGACAAGCGUAUAGAGAACAAGAUUGCCAGCGCAAGACGUUUUGCGGUACGUGUAAGGAAUCAUGCUAAAAUGGUCGAUUGUUACCUAACGACCUAUUACAACCACAAGACAAUAUUCGGCAAUAGGAAAGUAAUCGCGGACGCCAUCAUUGAAAAUCCCCAGAACUACCACAUCUACGAGGGUCUCAGUACACUUACCAAUAUUUCUAGGUAUGAUCUUCCCGACCCCGAAACAUACAGAGACUUCUUCAGGCUGAACCCGCUCUACGAGUUCCAACAGCUCUCGGCUACUUGCACUUACUUCCGAGGCUGCCCCAUCACCAAGCUAGACGUAGCCAUCGCGUACGAAUUCCCCGAACUCGUGGGGAAAUACAAGAAAAUGGUGGAAACCGCCACCCCCCAGGGCAUGCCCAAGAGUUGA